UUAGAUGAACGUAGCCAAAUCUAUAACCGUUGAUAUGUGAAGUUCUGUUAUAAAGCGUUUAACUGUUUUUCUAAAAAUAAACGUUUAAACCGCUAAAGUCAGAGUCCGCCGUCGUUGGCCCAAACGUAGAUCGCAAGUUAUUAAAUUUUCUAGCUGUUCCACAUUUCUCUUUCUCCUUUAUCUUUUGUGAUAUACCCAGAUCGAUUCAAAGCCCAAGAAAAUUUCUCCGAUCAGAUGGAUUCUCGAGGUUCUUCAGAUCAAGACGAUGAACAUAUCGUCCAAGUUAGACAAGCUCUGAUGUGUCCCGACGGAGGAAGAUUCGAAGGUCUCCGAACGGCACGUUUCUUGAAUUACACAACAACCUCCAUAGACGACGACGUUUUCGAGCUUCCUCUCGACGCCUUCGUGACGUCAGAACCAGAGAAACUCUCCUUCUCCGGAUGGGGCUCUCCCUCGGUGAAUUGGAUCGAGUGGGUGAACGCCAUGGCCGAGUCCAACGCCACGAUGUGGCGUAGAUCAGGAGUCUACGACGCGAUCAUGGCGUCGCGUUACCAGAUAACAAAGCAAGACGAUCUGAUGACGGCGCUGGUGGAGAAAUGGUGCAUAGAGACUAACUCCUUCGUGUUCCCUUGGGGAGAAGUGACGGUGACGUUGGAGGAUAUGAUCGUUCUCGGCGGGUUCUCGGCUAUAGGGAACAACGUGUUGGCUUCGGUGAAACGAGACUCGAUGAAGUCUGUUGAGGAGAAGCUGAAGAGAGCGAAGCGUGAGAUCGAAGCGAGUUCGAUGAAGAGAUGUUGCGUUAGUUUGUGGAUGAUGGAGAUGAUGAAUUCUGGGAAUGAGAUUGAGCAUGAGGCGUUCGUGGUUUCGUGGCUUUCACGUUUCGUCUUCCCUAAUUCAGGUGAUCUCGUGAGGGAGAAGCUCUUUGCUGCUGCGGUUCAGCUCGCUAGAGGUGUUAGGCUUGCGCUUGCUCCUGCGGUUCUUUCCGGGAUCUACAGCAGUCUUGGAGUUUUGAAGAAGCAACUUGUUGGUGGGUCCGGAGAGGAAGAGACGGUGGUUACUGCUACAUCCCCGUUUCAGUUUGUGCAAGUGUGGGCUUGGGAGAGGAUCAUAGACAUACGGCCACCAGGCCAGCCUAGCCAGCUAAAGCCUCACGAGCCAAGAAUGGCUCUAUGGCACCAUCACGGCGGUGGUCAAGAGGCAAACCAGAGUCUCAAAAGUAUCCGAACCGUUCUGGAUUCCGCCAAGGAGAGUUUCCAUCACCGUCCGUACACAAAACCUUUGAAGAACUUCAAGUUCCCUAAGUUCUACUUAGAAGAUGACUGUUGGGUGUCUUUGGAGGAUGAAGACAUUGUGGCGUUCGGCCGGUGUUUGAGAUGCUCUAAGCUGGUGGGUUUGAACUGCAUUGAGCCUUAUUAUCCUCACCGUGUAGCGUUGCAGUUUGGUUACGAUCAGGAUGUUCCUGGAGUAGUUCCCGUGGUGCUGACCGAGUCGCCGGAGCUGGCUUGGAAGGAUUAUAUAAGACCGAUUACAGAUGAAAUGAUUUACAUUCCGUCAAGGCUCAGGCGACCGGAUGUUACGGUUAAGUAUAUAAGAUGGUGGAAACAGUCUGUUACUACUCUACAGGCCAUGGCUAAGAGAAGUACACAUAAGGUUCUGAAAGAGAAACCCACAGAGACAACAUCUUCAACAACAACAAUGGUUAAAUCUUCUCCUCCAAGAACCUCUAAAACAGUAGGAGUAAAAUCAGAGUUGAAGGGAGGAACUUUAAAGACAGAGAGUGAUAAAAGCAGCUCUGCAAAGAGUUUCACAGGUUCGGAGAAACCGAAGCCUUUGAAGAAGGUUGAAUUGGUCAAGAAGCCAUUGUCUAAGUUGACAAAGACUCCAGGAAGAUCAGUGGAUGAAGUCAAAGAACGUAAAGGAGGACCAGGACCAAGGGUCUCGCAGGAGAUAAAGGCUCAUAGCCAUGUGAAUAUUCUACUUCCCGGUUCACCUGCUAGCUCACCAAAGACUCAACAGUCACUCCCUCAAAACCAAACGUCUAAAAGUUCUCAUGUAAUAAGACCAAAAGCAUUACCUGUUAAGUCACCAAGACCACAAGCUUCAAAAGGACCAAAGGAUUCAUCAUCUUCUUCUGUUUCUUUUUCAUUAACAAGCAAGAAGGCCCCAAAGAGAACCACAGAAGUUACUAGCCUCCAUCAGAUUCCACCAUCUAAAGCCACUCCUGCUCUUAAGAGAAAUGUGGCUGAUCAACGAAUCAAAGCUCAUACAAAACAAGAAACUCGACAUAGCAGCAAAGGAGGAGACGAAGCGAUGAUGAACACAUUGAAGGCUAUGAGCGAGAUAAUGAAGUUAGAGGAACACGUAGGUGAAGGGGGUGAAGUGAUGUAUCAAAUACCAAAACAACAAUUCGAAGUUUUGAGCCAACGAAUGCAAGAUGUUCUACAGGAGUUGCAGUCUAUUAAAUCCGCACUGAACAUCGAAAAAUCAUCAUCAAUCUAAGACUUUUACCCAACAACAUGAUUGAUGAUCCAUAUGAUUUAGA